UCUUGUCAUUAGUGACAAAAACUUUCAGAAAGUAGCAAGCUCUCUUUGAAAUGCCCAUUGUAAUAAAAAAAUUUGAAUGGAGACAGUCCGAACACGUUGUUAUCGUCACUGUUCCAUCAUGGGGAAUACAUCCUUCGAAAGUACAUAUAUUUUAUUCUGAAAGAUAUAUAAAGGCUAAUUACGAACAGUAUUUCUUUGAACUUGUUUUAUUGCGACCAAUUAACGUUAAAGAUAGUAAAUGUACAAUUACAUCUACGGAAAUUGUGUUCGAAUUAAUGAAGGCAGAGGCGGAAGAAUGGCCAACUUUGGAGCCGGAACUUGACAAAAAUGAAAGAAUGAAAUUGAAGUUGUUACUCAUUGAAGAGACACAUGAAAAAAUGCAAAAUGAAAGCAAAGAAUGGGAAAAUAAAAAGUCAGAACUCAAGAGAGUAGCUGUGAACGAGCAAAUGAAAAUCGAAUCUGAAAUCAAGAAUAAAAUUGAGAAUUUAAAAAUAAAAGAGAAAGAAGAAGCUUUGGGUGAUGUGAGAAAUUGGCAUCAUGAUUUGAGUGAAAAAACUAAGAAAUCGCUAAGGAAGAAGAAGAAGAAAUUUGAGCAGUAUUUAGCAACGCGUCCUAAUGAAAUAAACAUUUUCCAAGAGAAGAAUGAAUUCGAUAUACCCCAGCCCAGACGCGCACAACAAUUGGAUGUCGAUUUUACUCCAAGAAUUUUUCCUACUCCUAUGCGCGAAUCGAAAGCAGAAGAAGAGAAUGAAUGGAUGAGAAUGCAAGCAGAUGCUAGAAGAUCUGUAGGAUUUGUUUGUGAAGAUUUGAGACCAGAAGAAAAGAAUCCACAAUAUUUAUUGAAGAAAGGAGACUCUUUCAUGAAUAACAACAAUUAUUUGGGGGCUAUAAGUGCCUACACUUUCGGAAUUACUUUGAGUGAUAAAUUUGUAGAUUUGUACAUUGCGAGAUCCAGAGCCCACUAUGCGCAAGGAAAUUACCAAAAAACAGCUCGUGACUGCAGCACCGCAUUGGAACUGCUAAUCCCAAAGGUCGAAGCGAAUCUCAAAGAAAGAGCAGAAUGCAUUGGCCGAAGAGGAAUGGCUUUGUGUAAACUGAAAAUGCUGUCGAAAGGCAUAGGUGAAUUAGAAGCAAGUUUAAAGUUGAUGAAGAACGAGGAAUUUGCGAGUUUUCUUCAGGAAGCUGAAAAGCAAUGGAUGAACAGUAGUGAUUCAGAAUAAAUAAAUUACUGUGUAUACAUAAAACUUCAUCCUACAACGUUCAUAAAGUUCUCCAUGCAAUUUGGUACAAUUUCGAUA